UGCACAUCAGCAACGGUGGCGUCCGUAUCUUGCGUCGGUUUCCUCGUAGAGUUCUUCGGUUUGUGUUUUUUUUUUUUGGAAAGCUCUUCAGGCUCGAUUGUGGUGGGUGCGAAGACUAUACACAAGUGCCGGUCUAGAAGCAGCGCUCACAUUAACAACCUGACGUGCUUCCGACGUGUCGCAGUGCCGCGCGCAACUUAGUGACGAUGCCUCCUCAGAACUCGAUCGAGUUGACUACCAAACCGGAAGCGGAUGGAGCUAACGGAAAGCUGUUGCCUGCCAAUGGAGCCAACGGUAAGGCAGAAAGGGCCGAGGAGCCACCGACGACAACGCUGAUCGUCCCACCGGACGGUGGCUGGGGCUGGAUGGUGAUGGUGGCCUCCUUCUUCUGCAACGUGAUCGUGGACGGUAUCGUGAUGAACGUCGGCAGUGUCCUCGUACCGAUCGGCAAGGAGUUCAACGUGAGCACGACCGAAUCGGCCCUGGUUGGCUCUCUGUUGAGCGGGUUCUAUCUACUUACCGGUCCGUUCGUUAGUGCUUUGGCGAACCGUUGGGGCUUCCGGAUUGUCACGAUCAUCGGAGCGAUUGUUUCGGCGAUCGGAUUUUUCGUCUCCAUGUACGCCACCAACAUUCUCACCCUGUACAUAACGGUCGGAGUCAUCGGUGGUAUCGGUUUCUGCUUCAUCUACGUACCGUCCGUCAUUACCGUUGGCUACUACUUCGAGAAAUGGCGUGCCAUUGCCACUGGCAUUGCACUGUGCGGUUCCGGAGUGGGAACAUUCAUUUUCGCACCCCUGAAUCAGGUGCUGCUUGGUCCAACCGGUGACAAUUGGCGUGGAACCCUUGGAUACCAGGCCGGCAUCAUCCUGUCGAGCAUUCUCUUCGCUUUGGUGUUCCGUCCGAUCCAACCGACCGAGGUAACCGUUAAAAAGGAUGAAGAUACACCGGCAGAGAAAGGUAUCCGAUUGGGUGAAGGCCUUCCCGUUGUGUAUACGAGACCAUUACCCGAAGGCCGGUACGCGUACUCGAUGCCCAACAGUUCGCACAACACCUGGAUGGGAGCGAAUCCAAACUACCAGUACCCAACCGCGGCUGAGAUUUUCCGUCAAGGUAGUGGCCACAAUCUGGAUCGUCGUCCCUCGCACACUUCGGGCCAGCUCGUUAGCCACAAUCUCCAGAGCACUACGAAGAAGCUGGAGAAGAUUCAGAAGCGUCUUGCCGGGCAGAUGACACCGGAUGAUACGAUCCAUGCCCAUGGCUUCCAAACGGCCCAUCACGAGCUGAACCCGGUCGGUGAGGCCGAUGAGGAGGACACCGAGAAUGGUACGCUGCUGGCCGCACCCGAGCAAACGACCAUCACGGCCGCAACGACGGCAUCCGCCCGUCGGCACACCGUUUCCGGUCGUCGGCCCAAUGAACCGGCUGGUUCGAGGCACGGUUCACGCCGAACUCUCAACGAAGGCGCCCGUCCGAUGUACCGUGACGAUAUCUUCUUCACCGGAUCGCUGGCUCGCAUUCCCCAGUACCAAUCACAGACCUCCCUUGGCUACCAUAUGUCCGUUACCCGACUACCGACUCAGACCGACGUCGAGGAAGAGGUGGAAAAGCAGUGCAAAAUCUGCCCGGAGGCCGUGCGUCGUACGCUCGCGACUAUGCUGGAUAUGUCUCUGCUCAAGUCACCUUCCUUCAUGAUGCUCGCAUUCAGUGGAUUCUUCACCAUGAUGGGCUUCUUCGUUCCGUUCGCCUACGUGAAACCACGUGCUACCGAGGAUGGUAUGGACGUUGACGUUGCAACCUUCAUCGUAUCGGCCAUCGGCAUUUCCAACACCAUUGCUAGGAUCGUCUGUGGGCUGUUGAGUUCAUUCCAGAGUGUCAACGCGUUACAUCUGAACAACGUGGCCAUUACGCUUGGUGGCAUUGCUACCAUGGUCAGUGGAAUCUACAUCACCGAAGCCACUCAGUUUACUUAUGCCGGAAUCUUCGGUAUCGCCAUCGCUUGCUUCUCGGCCUUACGUUCCAUCUUGGUGGUUGAUUUGAUGGGACUGGAGAAGCUUACUAAUGCCUUCGGUAUACUGUGUCUCUUCCAAGGGGUCGCUGCAUUCAUGGGUACUCCGCUUGCUGGAUUCUUCUACGGACUUACCAAAACUUACGAUGUUUCAUUUUACGUCUCCGGUGGGCUCAUUACACUGUCCGCCUUCCUGUGCUACCCGCUCGGAUACAUAAACAGAUGGGAAAAGCAGCGGGCUGCCAAAAAGGAUUCGCAAAAGGUUUAAGCAACGAGUGUACCGGAACUCACCUGGUGAAAACGCAGCGUCAAUCUCUUUCUCGAACCGAAGACUCCGUUGGUUGAACACUGGGAAGAAAAUGUUGCUUUCCUUCGAAUGUGAAGAUAUGUUGUAUAUAUCCCAACAUAAUCUUGGGAUGGUUCGUGCUAUCGUCAGUGCGUGUUGAGCCUUCAUAAAGGGGAGAUCCUUGCAGGCACGUCCAUCGCAAGUCAGGUAGCUGUUUUCUAUUUAGAUCCUUACACAUUUGCUCAAUCGCUUUGGCAAAGUUAAUCCUAGAACGGUGCAUUAGUUUGUAACAGCAAUCGGUUUUAUUAAGACCAUAUCAUUAGAGCUUAUCAAUUAACGGAUGCAUUUCAAUCCUUGCAAUGCAUUCACGCACAGCUGAUUCUCCGUUUCCCUCCUACUCUUUUUGCUUUUCGUUCGUCUACCCAUUAUCCCUAUUAUCGAAUGCUUGCAGGCUUGAUGGUGGUUUGCGUCAGGCAGCACCAUCGUCCUACUAUAGACUGAAACAAUGAUCGUAUAUUCCUUUUAUACAACAAAACAACGCUAAGGUACUAUAAGCAAACGCCCAUUCACUGGUGUGCGAAAACCCCACUAAACGGUGUUGAAUCGAAUUCCUCCCCAAAAAACUAUAGAAAGACUAUAUUUUACGAAAUAUUGCAAUAUCGUCGAAAGCGCGUUAAGUUCCUAGUUUUGACAUAUCGCGACACCGAUGUCGGAGCACACUUAAAAAGACAAUACUAUCAUCUCGCUAUUUCGGUACAACGGAACGGAAUGCUCUUGCCCUACGAAACGGGAUGUUCGAAAUUUGUUGGAAUGUUUUUUGGAAAUAAGAUAUAACCGAAAGUAAUCGCAUCACCACAACAGUUUUGUUACGAUGUUGAUGGUAGAAACCAAAAAAGAAAAAAAAACCCUGAAAACACACAAUGGUGCAUUGUGCCGCAUACAAAAUUAAGAAUCGUUAACGACGAUCGUCCGUUUUAACUUAACACAUUGAUGCAAACAAACGAGAAGAAUCAGAGAAAGUAACGAGAGCGAGAGAGAGAAAAAAAAAGCAAUAAGGGAAUAAAUUAUCUGUGAUAUCAGCAUAUAUAUAUUAAAUAUGUUUUUAAGAAUAUGUUGUUGAUAUUAACUGCAAACAUCACAAUAGAAAGCCUCGGGGUCGCGCUGAGUUGACUCCGCCGAAAAAAAAAAAAAACAAAACAUUCGAUGCAUUCUGCAGUUCAACUUUCGACACACAUUUAGAUUGCGUUAAUCUGUCCCCUCUAUCAGAGCCCCAUCCCUGCUCAGUUCCAGCAGAUGCCAUCAUUAUUCGCUUAUCGAAUUCGACAUCCAACAACAACCACACUCUGGGAACAUUUCCGAUCCGCACCGACAUUUUACUCGUAAGACUACGCGUGUCAGCCGUGAAUUAGUGUUUUUAAGUGAAUUUAUUAUGAAUUGAUGAAAUAAAGAUACAUGGUUUUAAGAAUUA